AUGGACCCAGCAGUGGCUGAACGUCUGCAAAAUGAUCUGGACGCGCUGCGGCGCAUUCUAAACCCGGUAUUGCAACCAGAGCCCAUAAAUACGCAAGCCUCCUUGCAGCUCCAGGUAUCGCCACCAGAUGUCGCCAACUCUCCAUCUGUGGAUGUUCUGAGGAACAGGAGCUGGAUCGAGUACACCUGGCUCCUGUUGAAAGGCAGCGACGUUUCCAAGAGGGCCUGUGCCUUUAGUGUGGAGGAGCCGGGCAUUACCUACCUGCCUGCCCAAAGUGAUCUGUGGCAAAGGGAUCGCAAGCUAGACAACCCCAGGGGUCGAGUUUACACGCUGUUGCUGUCCGAGCAGAAGGCUAUGGAGGCAUACUCAGAGCAUAGGGCCAUCGACUUCACCAAGGAUGGUCCCAAGCCCGAUUUCAAGCCCGGCUGUGAAAGGUGGAAGGUUGGACGAGAUCAAGGCCCAGAAUGCGGUCAUCACAUCUACGACUAUGAUGCCCAAUACUGUGCCCCAGACAACCACCAGAUCUAUUACGACUGUAAAGACCACUACUACGCCCCGCACGACCACCGGAUCUACAACCACUGCGAGGACCACUACCACGCCCCGCACGACCAUCGGAUCUACAACCACUGCGAGGACCACUACCACGCCCCGCACGACCACCACAUCUACAACCACUGUGAGGACCACUACCACGCCCCGCACGACUACCAGAUCUACAACCACUGCAAGUACCACUUCUACGCCCAGCACGACCACCAGAUCUACAACCACUGCGAGUACCACUACCACGCCCCGCACGACCACCACAUCUACAACCACUGCGAGUACCACUUCUACGCCACGCACGACUACCACAUCUACAACCACUGCAAGUACCACUUCUACGCCCAGCACGACCACCAGAUCGACAACCACUGCGAGUACCACUACUACGCCCCGCACGACCACAAAAUCUACAACCACUGCGAGUACCACUACUACGCCACGCACGACUACCACAUCUACAACCACUGCGAGGACUACUACCACACCCAGUACGACCACCAGAUCAACAACCACUGCGAGUACCACUACAACGCCACGUAUGACCACAAAAUCCACAACCACUGCGAGGACCACUACCACGCCCAGCACGACCACCAGAUCUACAACCACUGCGAGGACCACUACUACGCCCCGCACGACCACCAGAUCUACAACCACUGCGAGUACCACUACCACGCCCCGCACAACCACCAGAUCUACCACCACUGCAAGUACCACUACUACGCCCCUAACCACCACAACACCUACAACCACUUCAGAGACAACAAGUGAGCCACCAGCCACCACCACACCUUCAACCACUUCGGAGAGCACUACCGAGCCACCACCCGACAC